AGACACAAUAGAAAAUCUCAGCAUCACAUUUUUUGGAGAACCCAGCUUGACAUUCUUGAAAGGACUUGCUCGGUUUUUGUUUUGUGCGUUAACCUUCUUUAAAAAAACAGCGAAAAUUAAAAAGAAAUUUAAAAGAAACUCGGAAAAAAAGCUUAUGGUGACAUUCAUACUUUCGGGACUACAGUGAACUUGUGCAGCUGUUUUAUUUGUUUGUGCUACAAAAAGUACAAAGGAUUUGUUGGUUGUUGUUCUUUUUUUGGGAGGAUUAUUCUCUUUCCCCGAAUAAUUAAAACACGUUUUGGUUGUUGUAGCAGUGACAAUAACAUCAACCAUUUAGAACAAAAGAUAAAUUAUCAAAAAAAGCAAAAACAACAAAAACCAUUACCAACUUAAUGAGCAACAUGGCUGCCUACACACAAUUUGGAUAUGGCUCUUAUCCGACGGCUAAUCAGUUGCUUGGUGGUGGUGGUGGCGGCAGCGGUAAUAUUGGCCAAACCUCAUCAUCAUCAAUUAUGUCACAUAAUGCACCCUCACCACUGUCGGGAGGAUCACAUGAGAACUCAUUAAGUCCCUCAGGAGGUUCUUCCGCAUCGUCCACAUCAUCGGCAGCCAAUGGUCCUUUGAGUCCUGGAGCAAUGUCGCAAACAUCCACACACAAUGCGGGAAGUGUGCCGCCACAGUCAGGCUCAGCUGCUGCUGCUGCUGCUACAGUUCUAACAGGCGGUAGUGCCAACAAUGCAGAUGCUUCGCAAACAAGCGGAAAUCUUUCGAUCACAGCAGGCUCUGCCAUGGUUGGUGGACCGGGUGGUGCCGGUGGUUGUUGUGAAAAUGGUCGUCCUAUUAUGACGGAUCCUGUCUCGGGCCAGACUGUUUGCUCUUGCCAAUAUGAUUCGGCACGUUUGGCUUUAUCAAGUUAUUCGAGAAUGCCCACAGCCGGUGUGGGAGUUUAUGGCACAGCCUACCCUUCGACCGAGCAAAAUCCUUAUCCCAGUAUUGGGGUGGAUAGUUCAGCGUUUUACACACCUUUGGGAAAUCCCUAUACACUCAAAGAAACUACAACCGGCUCAGAAAUGUCAGCGGCUGCAGCCUGGUCCACAGCUGGUUUGCAACCAACUACUGGUUAUUAUUCAUACGACCCAACAUUUGCAUAUGGCUAUGGCGCUUCUUAUGAUCUAGCCUCUCGACGUAAAAAUGCCACCCGCGAAUCUACCGCCACCCUAAAGGCCUGGCUUAAUGAACAUAAAAAGAACCCUUACCCCACUAAAGGCGAAAAAAUCAUGUUGGCCAUCAUCACCAAAAUGACACUGACACAGGUCUCCACUUGGUUUGCUAAUGCUCGUCGCCGACUGAAGAAGGAGAAUAAAAUGACUUGGGAACCAAAGAAUCGUACCGAAGAUGAUGACGAUGAUGCAAUGCUAUCGGAGGAUGAGAAAGAACUCGAGAAGAGUGACAUGAACAAAUUAUCUGGUGGUGGUAAUUCAGGAUCUGGAUCAAUGUAUGGCCAACAAUUGCACAAAGAACAUGAGCAACACAAAGCCAGUGACCACCACAGCAGUGUCAAGCAUAAUGAUCUAAAGCAUGACGAUGAGGAAGACCGUAAACCAGAGAAUUUAACCGCUACAAGACAAUUGGAGAAUUACAAUACCGCAUCAUUAUAUGGAGGUGGAACGUCUGCUGCUCCCGGAGGCCAUCAUCCCAAUGCCUAUCAUCCUUACCAAAGCCACAAUCCUUCGCAUUCAUCACAGAGCCUUUACUAUCAACAGCAGCAGCAACAACAUCAUCACCAGCAACAACAGCAGCUUUUACAACAACAACAAGGUGGUCUAGUUGGCUAUGGGGGCCGAGAUGAAUGUGGCAUACCAAUACCGGCCACAAAGCCCAAAAUCUGGAGUGUGGCCGAUACGGUAGCUAAUAAAACACCACCGCCCUCCUUGGUGGGAGCCGGCGGAUACAUGAAUAAUGGCCAAGCAGCGCAGCAACAAUCAAUGGUCCCACAGGCCACCAAUGCUGCUUCCUCUGCGGCUGCCGCUGCAGCAGCAGCCUACUAUUCCAACAACUUGGCCAUGAACAAUCAGCUGGCCUCCAAUGGUUCACCUCUCUCCAUGAUGAGUAAUUAUGUGAAUGCCUCACCCUAUUCGCGUUUGCCGGCCACGGCAGGCUAUGGUGGAGCCGCCGGCGGCAAUUACCCACAAAUGAAUACGUCAAUCUCACCUGCCUCUAAUAUGAUGCAUAUGACCGCAGCCCAGCAACAACAACUGCAACAACACCAACAACAGCAGCAGCAACAGUAUAGCUCAGGUGGUACCUCUAAUCUUCAUCAGCAGCACCAGCAACAACAACAGGGUCGUUUGGGGUUUCCUGAAAUCCAACCGGACACCCCACCUCAGACACCGCCUAACAUGAAACAUGCCAAUGCCAUGAAUGGUAGUGCUAGCAGUGGCGGCCUUAUGGGCAAUACACCGCCCAGCUCUUUGGCCUAUGUGGCAGGUGGCAACAGCAGCUUGAAUACCUCAUAUGGCAGUGAUGUCUCAACAUCAUCUCGAACGGGCCUAGAAAUGCAAUAAUUACUGCGUUUGCAGCAGACCCUUGAAGGGUCGCACUCAUGUUUUCAUGUUUCAUAUCCUGACGCAGGUUUAUAUUCCUAAAAGGGUUCCGUGCAACUUUAGCCUAUGUAAGCAUAGUACGUAGGCUUUAUAAACUAACUACCUAUCUAUCUACCCCGCAUAGCUUUCCUAGAUUAAUGAGAAGAAAAGCGUAAUUGUUUCGAUUUUUUGUCAAUUGUUUUCGUUUAGUUUUUUUUUUUUUUUUGAGUUUGAGUUUUUAUUAGAGAAAGUAAAAUCAAGCAAAGCAAGUUACCUAGGUAUGGAGUGCCCUAUAUUGUAAAAUAUAAAGUAGUUAUGGAGUUAAAAAAUGCUGAGUUUUUGAGAAAUAUUUUGUGAAGCCAGAAUUUUCUAGAUGAUCACUCAUUCGAAUUUGCCCAUGAACAUUCCAUUGAGGAACAGAAGCAAACUUCGCACCUAUCAACGAGUGCUGUCCGAGUAAAGUUUAAGUUUAAAUAAAGGUAAGGGGCUCCAUUUUAUAAUCGAGUCCGAAAGGCGUGCCGCAGUGCGACACCUUUUUGGGAAGAAGCUUUUCCAAUGCGAAGUACCUCAAAGUAAAUGACAAGGGGGAAUGCAAGAUAGAGUAAGAGGGUGAAAAAAAAAGAAAAAAGGUGAAAG